AAUCUGGGCUGAAGGUGGACCUAUUCACUUCAAAGUCACAUUUCGAGCAAGCGAGUUGCCAUUGAUUUGGUCGAGUCUUCAGCCACAAACGUAGCCCAUCGUCACAUAUUCCAAUAUGUCGAAAAAAGCCAAAGGGAAAACCAAAAAGAAGGCUCAGCGAGCAGCCUCAAACGUUUUCGCUAUGUUUGACCAACAGACGAUCCAAGAGUUCAAGGAAGCGUUCAACAUGAUCGAUGUUGGCCGUGAUGGUUUUAUCGAUAAAAGUGAUCUGAAUGAGACCUAUAUUAACUUGGGAAGAAUGACUUCAGACGAGGAACUUGAGAGCAUGGUCAGUGAAGCCCCUGGACCUAUGAAUUUCACAGUUUUCCUAACACUUUUUGGAGACAGACUCAAUGGUACGGACCCAGAAGACGUCAUCCGCAAUGCAUUUGGUUGUUUUGAUGAGGCCGGGACAGGAAAAAUCCCUGAAGAAAAACUGAAAAGAAUGCUGAUGCAAACAGGCGACAGAUUCACGGAAGAAGAAGUUGAGGAAAUGUUCAACAGCGCGCCAAUGGAUCGUAGUGGCAACCUACUGUAUGCCGACUUCUGUAAGACCAUCAAGGGCUCUGCAAAGGAAGAAGACUAGACUAACUUUUAAUUGUGAACUGACUUUUAAUCCGAUAUUUAGACGAUAUUUUAUUCUUUGUAGUUCAUUUGAAAUGGAGACAGUCUUGUAUAAAAUAUGACAAUGUUUUGUAUCAUUAAAAAUCUACCGUAUCUCCUCGUGAAA